CAUUGUUACGGCUCACGUCUCUCGAACACCCCCCCGACCGAACCUGGCCUUACCUUGCCCCCCUCAACAAGAGCAGCCAGAGCUGGAUAUGCUCUGAUUUCUGUUCGCCCACAUCCCUCCUCAGUUCCAUCCACCCUGGCAUAUACUGCCCGCUUCUGGAAGAACUUCUAUAUCGGGCGGAGAAGUGGUAGUUCCGCAAAUCUGUCGUACGCUGUCGUGGGAUCGAAUCAAACGGACCCCAGAAUUCUACGACUCCCAUUGCACUCCUCCCCAAGAAAACAUCCAACAUCACCCAGCUGCUUGUCGACCACGACAAUGACCAGAUGUCACCUCUCUGCAUCGGGCGCUUUUAUUAACCUUCUCCCUUAAUUUACUUUCAAAAAAGCUUUGGUUUCUACAGGCACCUCGCCUGGUUGCGAUCUCACUUUGGUCCGGUCUGGACGACCACAUUCAUUUUCCGCGACUGGAAUUUCGCCCAGUCGUCCAUAUCUUCGCAAGAUGACUGCCGCCUCGAUGUCUGCAGAUCCAUCUAGACUAUCUUUCGCAAAGGUCGCCGCAUCAGCCGGGAAAGAAAAUGCAACUCAUACCUCGUUCGCCAAAGUCGCCGCAUCAGCGCCUGCCCGAGAUGUACGGAAGGAGAAUACCAAUGUGCAGGCUGAUGAGAAGGAGCUGAAAGCAGGCCCGGAUCAACCAAUUGAGGUAUCAAUUAGCGAUCCUGCCGCUAUUCAGAGUACCUCGAAGCCGUCCAGUAACCAUGAGUCAAAAGCUGAGGGAGCAGGCUCAUUGACGGAUGGAUCAGGCGUCAGCAAAGCCGAUCUUGUCAAUGCGGUCAAAGCUUUAAACGUUAAUGAUCCGAUGCCCAGCCUUGUCGUUAAUGGAUCAGGAGCUGCAAAUAACAGCAGCAAAUCUGAUAUGGUCGAGGGGUUCUCAGAGGACCCAUUUCAACGGGCAGAUUCUGGGUCCGAACUGGGCACCAAACCACCAAGUCUGGAUGGGAAGAGUAUCACUUCAGGGACCACGUUUGCCUUGGAUGAGAAAGAGUCUUUGCGCCCAGAUGAUAGUGCGAGCGUUAAAGCUGCUGAGGAUGAUGAUACAUUCUCAGGACGAGGCUCUAUCGUGGCAGGCUCUAGGAUUGGAUCAGAAGCCGCAGCCCGCACAUAUCGAUCCCAAUUUUACGAAGCUCCUGACAAGCGUGGUGUACAACCUAUGCAAGAGCGCCAGGGUCAGGGGGUUAGUACGCCCCAAAGUGGUUCCUCGGGACAGCAGGUUGUGGAUGACUCGAAAUCGAAGCCACUCGGCGGCGCAACAGGAGUGCCUGAUGCUUUCAAUCUCUUCUAUCGCCAGACGCCAGAUGAGAAACUGCUAGAGGCUUUGGAGUCACCCAAGGAUCGAAUAUUUUUGCUUCGACUCGAACAAGAGGUGAUAGAAUUUGUGAAAGACUCGAAAGAGCCAUUCAUCGACCUCCCACCAUGUAAUUCUUUUUGUAGAAUGCUAACGCACAAGCUUGCGGACUAUUAUCACAUGACCCACCAAGUGGACGCAGUUGCUGGAGCCGUUCGUAUUUUCCGGACUCCAUUUUGUCGAUUGCCGCCGCCCCUUACUAGUAUUUCGAACCCUCCUACUUCUGGAAACACUCCACCCCCGGCCAUGCCGGCGAUGAAGAUUAUGCGACGAGGAGGCGAUGGUGAUACAGGCCCAAAUACCUCGAAGGCAACUUCGGAGACUGGUAGUGAUAGUAAAGAUAAAACGCUUUCCGCGAAAGAGAAGCUGUCUAGAGAAGAGAGGGAAGCGGCUUAUAAUAAGGCACGAGAGCGCAUAUUUGGCAAGGAUGAGAAGACGGGUGAUGGCACUCCUGAUGGAAACGAGAUGUCCCGAUCGAGCUCUGUCUCCACCAAAGACAGAUCUAACCAAGGUAAAAGGGCGAAGCCUGCUAAGCAGCGUCGAGAAGACACCGAUAGCUUUGACGUACGAUCUCAGUACACACCCUUCUUCCCCCAGCAGGCUCCCACAGGACCAACCUGGGCACCUGCUCCCCAGUAUGCGCCAAUGGUUCCGCAGCAGUUCAAUGGCGUUGUUCAGAAUGGGUAUCAAACCACUAUACCUCAACAAUUUGGUCCCCAAAAUCAACCAUUCAACCCAGUCAUGAUGAACAAUGGCAAUAUACAGACGUACAACAACAUGCCGCAGCAGUUUUCUCAGCAGAACCAACCACGGUUCCAACAGCAUGGUGCACCGAUUGCCACAUACAACUCACAUGUUCAAUCUCCACCACUUGUACAUCAACAAUGGCAACAACCGACUAUGUAUCAUAAUAUUUACCAGCAGUCCCGGGGACCCAUGGUACCAGGAUCACAAAGCACGAUUCCUUAUGCUUUUGGCCAGUUGCCCAGUACAGCUAAUCCAGCUGAUCCCAAAAGUCAGCAUCCUAUUCCUGGAAGUUUCAACCGCCAUGCUUUCAAUCCCAAGACUCAAUCCUUUGUCCCUGGCGGCACUGGCCUUCCUGUCCCUCAACCUAUGUCACAUCAUGGAUCCCCUCAUCACGGGUCUCCCCAUCUGUCUUAUAAUGCCUACACUCCGCCUCAGCAGCAAAUCGGUAAUGGAAUGGGCUACAGCAUGGCUCGGCAGGGUUCAAACAACUCUUUGCCAUCGUAUCAUGCAUCUCCUCACAUGGCACCAAGGCCAAUGAUGCAUCAAGGAAUGCCUCAGGGUAUGCCACAGAACAUGUCUCAAGGCUUGCCGCAAGGGCCUCAUGGUAUUCAGAAUAUGCAGAACGUGCCUCAAAACGGUCAAGUUGGAAACCAUCUCCCAAACUAUGGCAAUCCUGCCACACUGCCCCCAAAACCACCACCAGGAGUUUGAGGUUUCGGGGCCCGUUAUAUGAUUAUCAGAAAGUGGCGUAUGGAAGCAUUGGAGGAGUUAGUGGGGAAAUUAAGGCAUCAAAACGAAACUUUACCAGGUUUACAACAUUUGAGCUGAUAGACCACGCGUGCAAUAAACUACAAUAAGACGAA